UGAAAACAAACGUCACUAAAUCACUACCUGACUUGUUCUAUUAUAAAUUAAUAAAAAAACUUGCAUAGUAUCAAACAGCUCAAAUUUUUAUUGGAUAAGAUAUAAAAGAGUUUUAGAUUUUAAAUUCAUUAUGGGGCUCUGUAAAUGUCCUAAACGACAAGUAACCAACCAAUUUUGUUUUGAACAUUGUGUAAAUGUCUGUGAAAAUUGUAUGGUAACUUCUCAUCCUAAGUGUAUUGUUCAAUCAUAUUUAAAUUGGCUAAAAGAUUCCGAUUAUGUGUCAAUAUGUUCUUUGUGCAAUGGUUCUCUAGAAGAUGGAGAUUGUGUUCGUCUAAUUUGUUACCAUAUAUUUCAUUGGAAUUGUCUCAAUGAAAGACAAUCUGCUUUACUAACAACUACUACUUCAGGAACUCAUACUUGUCCUAUAUGUUUUGAGACUAUUUUUCCCCCAACAAAUUUGGUUUCACCAGUUGCUGAUAUACUUAGAACUAAGCUGAAACAAGUGGACUGGGCCAAAAAUGAUUUGGGUCAAAUAACAUUUUCCGAAAAUGCGGCUCCAAAGUCAAAUUCUCAAAUAGGACAGGCAAGUCAAGUUACGAAAAUUCAUGGAAAUGCUGAGAAAAAUAAGAAAAACAACGGAGCUAGCACGUUCUAUAAUAAUAAUAAUCAAAUAGCUUCAAAUAGUCCGCAUUCCGUUCUUUUAAUGGAUGCUUUCAAUCCACCAUCAACAUCUGCAGAUUAUUCAAAUAGCAGGCGAUCUCUUUUAUCGAGACAAUCUUCUAACGGUUUAACAGAUCGUGACGAUAACAAAUAUAGAAGGAGAACCCCAGCGGAAAUUUUUUCGCGUUGGUCUAGAAGAUUUUACGCACCAUCAUCACGACCUCCUUGGAGGAGAACAUGGUUUUUGGUUUUGCUUGGCUUUCUAUCAUUUAUAAUAAUCGUCUACGUGAUGGCACAUUUUGGUCGUAGUUCUAGUAGUAAUGAAUCCAGUGAUUAUUGGGAUAAUCCAAAUCCUAAACCAAUGCAAGUGCAAAAUGAUCAUUAUUAAAAUUAUUUU